AUGCCGUCGAAGAUGUCCCAGCAAGCCUUCACCACCAUGCCCAGCAACAUCACCCUCUUACAUCCUCUGACGGACUUCGUUGAGCAUGAACAAAGCAAUCCACGGCUCAACACCUGGCAUCAGGCCUUCGUCUCCCUGCAGAAUCACAUGGCGGACACCACCUUCCAGACCACGAUAUCGGCCACAGCAAACCUCUCCGCCCUCCUCCUCCUCAUCGUGCUCACAUUGAGCCUCAGCUACCGCUCCCUCUCCAGCCUCAAUCUCUCAGCCAAAUACCUCUGCCCCCUGACGACAUUCCACGCUCUCGCCACGGAAGCCGCGCAACUCCUUCUCGCCCUCCUUGGCAUGGCCAUGACGGUCAUCGUCUCAACCUCCGGACUACCCUUCCUGCGCAGCGACGAUGGCAGCGUGCAAGCCGUCUGGGCCCUUCACGCAGCGGUCUGUCUGGGCGUCGUGCUUGUCUGCUGCGCGGUUGUCGAUGCGGUAGAUAUCAUUGAAGGCUGGGUGGUGACAGGGGGGUGGGGGCAUCGUUAUGGUGGUUCGUGGUUCGUGGUGACGCGGUGUUUGGUGUUUGGAUCGGGACAGGGUUGGAAGGAAGCGCAGAGGGCAACGGUUUCAGGCGAACUGUCAGGGAGAAGAGACAAGGCCAAGGGCCAGCCAGAGAGAAUGAACAAGAUGAUGACUGAGGACAGAAAUCAAGGCUAUCGUGGUGAUGAUCGACUGAACCGAUUCGAAAGGAGCGCUUGGAGUACUUUGGCGAUGGAUGGGAGUCGGGACUUGCCUUCGACAGAGCGUACUUCCUCUCGUUAUGCUACGCCUGCAACUUCGGUCGUUGCUACUGAGAUCGGAGAGCUGGACAUGUUUGCAACGAUGGAUGCUCAUUAUGCGGUAAUACCAGGAACCAGGCGGCGAACAGAAAGCAGCGUUUCUGUGCUGCGGAAUCACGACACCUCUCGCUUGGCCGGCAAGUCUGUAGCCGCACAACUUCCAGUGGCCCAUCGGAGAAGCAGAUCUGUGCCAUUGAUCAUUGGGUCCGUCCAAGGCGGUACACUGGAGACCAUGCAGCCGCGGGACAUCGGCGUCUAUUCGAAACCAUCGCCGUCUGCUAUUGAAGAAGCAGCAGCCACGAUCCAAGAUAUCAAGGAAGAUGUCAAUUCAGCUCUACCAUCGCCGCCUGAUUCUGCGAAGAAGGUUUCAACCCUACAGGUUCAAGAGAUGGAGGAGCAGGAGCGCUUCGGUACGCAAACCGAAGUUCAAGGGAUCACAGGUCAAUAUCAUGAAGAGGAGGCCCACACCUGCGACAGGGAGCGGGGUCCACCCAACGCCAAUCAGGAAGUGAACGAGCACUCUGUCCCUACGCCGCCGAGCUCAGGCGAUGCAGAGAGCUCAAUGCAACGAGCGAAAUCGCCAAGGAGUUCUUCGACAACAACAAAGCAAGAGCCUAGCUGGCGGACAUCAACCACGACCAGCUCACCGCAUGCGCCCAUUGUGUUCAAUGCGCUGAAGGGCAAGAUCUCCCCCGUCACAGCUCAGGGAGUGGCGAUGCCUUGA